AUGGAGAGGACAUUUAAGAGGGUGGAAGAUAAGAUUGGAGAAGGAAAUAUGAAGGCCUUGCUGAUUGAUGAUGAUUUGAUGAUUUGGGGAGAAAAGGAUGAUGUAGUGCAAGAGCAGUUAAAGGCAUGGAUCACAUAUGGAGCAGAGAAUUUGACUGUUAGUGAGAGUGAUGCUGGGAAGAUCAGAGAAAUAGGUAUGAAGUUUAUGAGGAAUAUGUUGGCAGUUACGAGUCGAGACCAGAUCAGAAAUGAGAUAGUGCAAGCAAGAUCAGGAGUACACGACUUGAGGGAGAUCAUUGAAAAAGCAAGAAUGAGGUGCACUAAAAAGAUUGAAGUGGUGUGCAUGACAAGGAGCAAAAAUGGCCGCAUUGAAUUAGAUGGUGUUGAGCCAAAACAAGUAGAAACGUUCAAGUAUCUCGGAAAAACAUAUGGAGCAGAGACUUUGACUGUUAGUGAGAGUGAUGCUGGGAAGAUCAGAGAAAUAGGUAUGAAGUUUAUGAGGAAUAUGUUGGCAGUUACGAGUCGAGACCAGAUCAGAAAUGAGAUAGUGCAAGCAAGAUCAGGAGUACACGACUUGAGGGAGAUCAUUGAAAAAGCAAGAAUGAGGUGGUAUGGCCAUGUACAGUGA